CUAAGGUGGUGGAAGUAUCAAAGAAAGUGCAGGAGGGGAGGCUGAGAUGGUAUGGACACCUGUUGAGGAGAGAUGAGGACCACGCUGGGAGACAUACUAUGGGAGUGGAGGUGCAAGGAAGAAGAAAGAGAGGGAGACCAAGAAAGAGAUGGAAGGACUGUGUGAGAGGAGAUUUACAUGAGAAGGGAAUUGAUGAGGCAGAAGCGCAAGAUAGAAAUAGAUGGAAACGGCUCAUCCGAAACGGCGACCCCAUAUAAAAAUGGGAAAAAGCUGGGAAGAAGAAGAAGAAGAAGAAGAGUGUACGAAUAUUGAUGGGUACGCUGUCAAGUUUGUGAAUGAUAUCUGUUGUUUAUGUUUGGGUAAGUCACGUGACCAGAGGGACUUCCGAAUUAUUCUCCCCGCUCACUACAUGUUGGCUCGUCAAUGCUGUAUAACUAUUUUGGUUGUGGAUGAUUUGGGAUUUUUCCAUCCAUGUGAGGUAUCCAUUGUGGAGGAAUUAUUGAAUAUUUCAUCAUGCUACAAGAGAAUAAAAAACUUUUAUACGGAGUAUGACACAGUUCAGAUCAGCAAAGAUCCAAAUUACAGAGGAGGCCUAUACCUAUCAUCACUUGCCGGUGCUCUUAAAAGUUCUGUGAAAGUAUAUGACACUAGUGUGGUUCAGGUUGAGCAACAGAUCAUAGAUGACCCAGAGCUUCCUCUAAGUCAUCUUUUGAAUGUUCUGCAGCCUCUUGCUCCAUUAUUAGCAGCUUUGGCUUCCCUUGUUGCAGAAAUUGAAGAGAAAAAACCCCAUGGGUGCAAGAUUUUGGAAGUUCUUCAUAAACACAGUGCUCUGUCAGUCUCUUAUAUUAGAGAUACCUUUGUAAGGAUUGAGCAGACUGUUCACGCAGUACUUUAUGAUCAACUAACUCACUGGAUGUUGUAUGGGAUUUUGAUAGAUCCCCACAAUGAACUUUUUGUACGAACUGUCUCCACUUGCAUUGAUAACUCCCCAAGUAACCAGGAUCCUUCACAAAGUGAUGCCAUUAAUCUGGCUGAAUUUGAAGCUCCAAAAAUAUAUAAUGACUAUAACCUAGAAAUUGAUAUGCUGCCAAGUCAUAUUCCUCUUCAUAUAGCAGAGAAAAUUCUCUUCAUUGGAGAAGCCAUCCUUGUGUUUGAAAGAGAAGGAAAGAAGGACACUGGCAUUGAAUUUUCUUCUGUUCCAUCACGAAUUGGUUUGGUUUUAAAGAAUAAAGAAAAAGAAUACCUUCAGUUACUACACAGUUUGGCUGAUGCUCCAUUUUCCAUCAUAGAGUUCAGCAAAGUUGUUGAAACCAUAAGGCACUGUGUUUCGCAGGAGGUUUGCAAGCUUGUAAUGGAUGCAAAUUUAGUAACAGUGCUUCAUGACCUUAAGGCUGUUUACUUCCUUGGUAGAGGGGAACUGUACCAAGCCCUUAUUCCUUCCCUCACACAUUUCAUGAAGACAGUUGGUUCCUCAAAUGAUUUUAAUGCACUCUUCCAGUUGGCUGGCCGUCAGGUUCUGUUAGAAGACGAAAUGUUAAGCAAGUUUACACUUAAGCGAAAGUCAUUGCCAGGAGACAAGUCAUCCACCAAAUCAUCAGAACUUAGUAGUAAAAGUUGGAAUACAUUGAAAAUUGAGUACAAUGCAAAAUGGCCAUUGCAUAAGUUAUUUACAAGCAGAGUUCAAGACCGAUACAAUGCAAUUUUCAACUUUUUACUUGAUAUGCGAAGAGCUCAGUACCGCUUGCAACAACUCUGGAUUGUGCAGAUGAAAACAAAAAAUGACAGUAAGCCGGACAGUUUGCCCUGGACUUCACGCCAUCAAAUGAGUCUCUUGAUUGACAACAUACAGUACUAUCUUCAGGUGGAUGUUUUAGAGUCACACCAUUGGCAACUUAUAGGAGAAAUAGACAAAACUAGUGAUUAUCAGCACUUGGCAACUUUACAUCAUAACUUUCUUGAGUCUGUAGUUGCGCAGUGUUUUAUGAGUAAUGGGUUGAUUUGGAAUAGACUCCUCAUCCUUCUAAACCUGGUGAAUAAGUUUUGCACUAUUUUGGAAGAACAGUACAAUACUGAUGUGCCACAAAGGUUGAAUUUUGUUAAACAAAAAAGGGAAGACGAUUGGCAAGAAGAAAUGAAGAUGCUUAGCAGUGUUUUCCAAAGAGAUUGUUACAAUCUUUUCUUUUUGCUGUCCGAGCUUUCUGUACAUCAGCGUUCCCAGUACACUUCACAGCUCGUCAUGAGGAUAGAUUAUAAUAAAUUUUACAGCAGUAAUGCCAAAACUUUUAGGUCUGCAUUUGAUGCAGAGAGAGCCCAAUAAAUUAUCCAAAUUUAAUUCCACUAUGCUUUCUCAUGGAUGUCUUUUGUAUGUUUGCUUUGCAAUAAAGAAUAAAUAGUACAGACUUCAAUAUCAAAAGUCACUGCACCCUUUCUAUCAAAUGAUAAGGUAAAUAUUUAGGACUACUGAUAUGACCGUAUUUACAAUUAGGAAGCGUAUAUGUUUAUUUCUUAGUUUUUUACUAGAUAAAUUACAACAUUUGAAUAAUUAUAAGUUACUCCAAAUUUUAUUUACUAUAAGUAAAUAAAUAAGCAAAUGAAAGUAAAAAGAAGUUAAGGGGGGAGCUUGUUGUAUGUCAGACAGUUCCUUUAGUGUGUCUGAAGCUAAAUAACUACCUAAAAUUUUUUAUUGAAGAAACCCGACUUAAGUUAUAAUGUACACUGUUCUACAAUGUAUAUAAAUCACUCUCUUUAUAUUUUGGAUUAAUGCCUGAAAAAGGUUAUUCUUUUGGGAUAAAUUUGGUAAAAUGACCAAAGUGAAACUUUGCUUCAAAUUCUCUUCUCUUAAUAAAUUAGAAUUUAUUGUUAAUGACUAUAUUAGAUAAAAGGAUUUACUAGAUUUAAUUCAUGCUUUUUGACAAUUCAGUAUGAUAACAUUUUUAAGGAGUCCCUAAAUGCCCAAGAUGUUACCCUUGAACGGCCAUCAUAAUCAUAUAUAGGCACAGGGUAUCAAUUUACUUGUGGAAAGAAUGCCGAUAAAAAUCAGAGUAACUAACUAGCUAGAAAUGUAGCUGUCUGUAUAAUGAGAGUGAGCACACUGCAAGAAAGGCUUAAGAACUUUCAAGUUGAGUAAGAUGGUGGAUGUUUAUCAGUAGUAUGUACUUUAUCAUUAUCAUCUUCACUAUAUUUUGUUAUAUAUGUAUAAAAGAAAUCUUUAUAUCAGUUUCUGUCAUUUUUAUGCAUUUUUAAUUUUAUUUACCUGAUAGCCUUAAAAACAUUCAAAUUUUAUAGUUAAUGGUUAGUAAAUGUUUCUUAUCAUUGAUUUAUUGUAUUUAUUGAAGACUUAUUUUUGUAAGAGUGCAUUUAUUUCAAACUUACUUAGGAUUUAACUGACCACUUAUAUAUUUUAAUGCUUAUCCUCAAGGAACUGAAUCAUAUGUCAUAAAAUGCUGCUUAUUCUAUUAAAAAAUUCUGUAAAACAACAAAUUAUAUCGUAAA